UAUGUUACCGGAUAAGCAAAGGCCAUAGAGACGGAGGAGUAGAAGCGACGCAACGAGGAGUGUAUGGCGAGGAGAUCGCCCCCGAGCCGUUGGAUGAUGAUCGAACGGAUCAGACCUCGUCUUCUUCGUCGACCCCCGCGACAACGACGUUGGAGCCCAGAACCCUAGAUAUCUCGAUCGAGAUCCUCCAUUGUUCUCGCAUUGAAGUAGUGGUUGGAUAACUCGGAUAUGCUAUUUGUUGUUCUCCACACACUUUGCAGUUAAUAUUGUGUUCUCGAAUUAAUUCGGAAAAAAAUGGGUCUCCGUUCAAAAUAUUGCGGAGCUUUGUUACACACACUGUAUAUUUUCUAUGCUUUUUAUCAAGCAUUUGCGGGUAAUGGGAUCACUGCAACCCAAAAUGCUCUUCUGCUUGUUGAUGCUUCAUCUCAAUCGGGCCGGAAGAUGCCCGACAACUUGUUCGGUAUCUUUUUUGAGGAGAUCAACCAUGCAGGAGCUGGUGGAUUAUGGGCAGAGCUUGUAAGUAAUAGAGGUUUUGAAGCUGGAGGUCCGAAUACUCCAUCAAAUAUUGAUCCAUGGGUCAUAAUAGGCAAUGAAUCACAAAUAAUUGUAUCGACCGAUCGUACAUCUUGUUUUGCCCGCAAUAAGGUGGCACUUCGGAUGGAAGUACUUUGCGACGAUAAAGGAUCCAACACCUGUCCUGCUGGAGGUGUUGGUGUAUAUAAUCCUGGUUUCUGGGGCAUGAAUAUUGAACGAGGGAAAGCCUACAAGGUGAUCCUGCAUAUUAAGUCAUUUGACUCGGUGAAAUUGUCAGUUUCGCUGGUGAGCUCCGACGGACGACAAAAUCUGGCUACGCAUAAUAUAAUAGCUGAGAGCUCAGAACUCUCAAACUGGACCAAGAUGGAAUUUCUGUUGAAAUCCAGAGGAACAAAUGCCAAUUCAAGACUUCAGUUGACGACCACUGAGAGUGGGACAAUUUGGGUCGAUCAAGUGUCGGUUCUGCCAUUAGACACAUACAUGGGGGAUGGCUUUAGGAAAGGGCUGGCUUCAAUGCUCGCAAAUCUAAAACCUCGAUUUCUCAGAUACCCAGGUGGUUCUUAUGUUGAAGGCGAAUGGCUGAGGAAUGCGUUCCGGUGGAGUGAAACCGUGGGCCCAUGGGAAGAGCGGCCCGGUCAUUUUAAUGAUGUAUGGAAGUACUGGACAGAUGAUGGACUUGGUUUCUUUGAGUUCCUUCAACUAGCAGAGGACCUAGGUGCUUCUCCAGUAUGGGUAGCCAAUAGUGGAAUCAGUCACAAUGAUCAAGUUAGCCCUUCAGUCAUCUCAGGCUUCGUACAGAAUAUUCUUGAUGGUAUUGAGUUUGCUCGGGGAGAUCCCAAGUCUCAAUGGGGUUCCAUCCGUGCAACAAUGGGUCAUCCAGAACCCUUUCAGCUAAAUUAUGUUUCAUUAGGGAAUCAGGAUUGUUGGAAGAAACAAUACAUAGAAAACUACUUGAAGUUCUACUCUGCAAUAAAAGCUGCCUAUCCAGACAUCAAGAUUGUUACAAACUGUGAUGGGUCUUUUCAACCGUUAAACCAUCCUGCUGAUCUAUAUGAUAUUCAUGUUUAUACCUCUUCUGGCGACAUGUUUUCCAGGAAUCAUGAAUUUGACCGGACAACACGCAAUGGGCCCAAGGCAUUUGUCAGUGAAUAUGCUGUGACCGGAAAUGAUGCUGGCAAAGGAACACUUGUCGCAGCAUUAGCAGAAGCAGGAUUUCUUAUUGGAAUCGAAAGAAACAGUGAUGUUGUUGAGAUGGCAAGCUGUGCUCCACUCUUUGUAAAUGACAAUGAUCGCCAAUUUAAUCCAGAUGCUAUCGUCUUUAACUCGCGGCAACAAUAUGGAACUCCAAGCUACUGGAUGCAACAUUUUUUUAAGCACUCAAGCGGUGCAAUCUUUCACCCUUCCACCAUUCAAGCUGGAAAUUAUACUUCUUUGGUUGCGUCAGCAAUUACUUGGCAGAAUUCACACAAUGACAAUACUUACCUAAAAAUAAAGAUUGUGAAUUAUGGUGGCGACCUUGUGAAUUUGAAGAUCUCAGUGACUGGAUUAGAAAAUAAUGUCGACUCCUCGGGAUCAAUAAAUACUCUGCUUACAUCAAGUCAGCCACAAGAUGAGAAUUCUUUCCAGAAUCCAAAAAAGCUGCUGGUCUACGGCGCGUUGGGCCCGGCGCACGCGCAGGGGGCCGGGGCCGACGCCCUGAAGGUGGGGCUCUCCCUCCUCUACAUGUUCGUCUUCGCCGGGCUCGAGAAGCUCACCGGCGGCGCCUCCUACAACCCCCUCACCGUCCUCGUCUACGCCUUCCUCGGCAAAUCCCACGGCUACCUCUUCGCCGCCUUCGCAAGGAUCCCCGCUCAGGUUCUUGGUUCAAUAGUAGGCGUAAAGCUUAUCCGACAAGUCUUCCCCAAAGUAGGUUAUGGGGCUCGUUUGAAUGCCGGUAUUCAUCAUGGAGUGUUAGCUGAAGGGCUAGCGACAUUCGUUGUCGUGAUGGUUUCGCUGAUGCUGACGAAGAAAGAAAUGAAAAGUUUCUUCAUGAAAACAUGGAUAUCAAGCAUUUCGAAGAUGACACUUCAUAUCCUUAGCUCUGAUUUAACUGGAGGAAUCAUGAACCCUGCCUCUGCUUUAGGUUGGGCCUAUGCGCGGGGCGAUCACAUAACGCUGGAGCACCUGUUUGUAUACUGGUUGGCGCCGAUCCAGGCAACUUUAUUGGGAAUUUGGGUGGUGAACUUGUUGAAUAAGCCCAAGAAGAGCAAGGACAAUGGAACUGAAGAAUCUAAGACUAAAUCAGAGUGAAGGGUCUUUACUUGUAGCUUUCUAGGAUCUUGUACUAUUUAUCUCCUCUCCAUUUUGUAACUAAUUGACUUUUUCUGCUUACUUCUGUGUACUGCACAAGAAUGUGCUUGUAAGUUUCUAAUGGGAUUUUUUUCGAUAAACAGGAAACUUAAGAUUAAGAUGCUCCGGAAUGGAAAUGAGGGAAUGUCCACAAUAAAUUUUUUUUUUAAACA